AUGGCUAACCCCAUCGUCCGCUUCCUGUCACACAUUUUCAGGAGCAAGGAUUUGGUGACAUUAAAUGGGCUGGUGGCUCUGGGCACCACGGGUGGCCAGGAGCUCUUCUACUUGUUGGCCUUCCACAUCAUCCUCAACAACCAAACCAGGAACCUGGUGGACGGGUGCCGGAGCUUCAGGACCAAGAAAUGCCCAUGCAUCCUAUAUUCUAUCGGGGGUCGCGCCCUCGUGGCCCCCCUCACCUGGUUGGUCAUCUCCGCGCUGCGCGGGGACGCCUACAUCUGCGCAUUCAGCGAGUUUGUGGACCCGUCCUCGCUCACGGCUGAGAACGAGAGCUUCCCUCUCUCCCACGCCACGCAGAUCCUGGCCAGGUUCCCUUGCGGGGAGAGCCCUGACAACCUAUCGGGCAUCCGGGAGGAGGUGAGCCGCAGGCUCAAGUUUGAGUCUCAGCUAUUAGGGUGCCUGUUCCUCUGCACAGUGGCCGUGAACAAGUGCCCCAAGGCCUGCUGCUCGAAGCUCGGGAGCAGCUCUUCCGACACGGCCGACGUGCACUCGCUCACGCUGGCGGCCAACAACGUGAAGCAGUUCUUCAGCUUCGUGGCGCUCAGCCAGAGGGACCAGGCGCUAAUGGCCAAGUUCCCAAAGCAAGGCACACAGCUGAGUCUACCGUGGGACAAAAUCACUGGCAGCUCCGAGUACCAGGAGAUGCUGGGCAUCCCCCUCUACAGCCGCCUGCACAAGUGGGCCUUCUGUCAGCCUGACAUCGAUGAGGAAUUCAAUAUGACCCUACUUCCCCACACGUAG